AUGUACACGUCAGUUUACCUUUCCUUGCUGUGCCAACUACGCUGUGGAGAGGCGAGUCCCAGGAGUGAGAGUGGGUCGCCUGCGCCAUCAUGUCUUCCCCUCUCGCCAAUCCCCGAUCCCCUGCUGUGCCCAUUGAACCUCCCACUUGCGCUGCGUCAUGCACCAUACCCACGGCCCCACCAGGUGCCAUGUGCGGCGUGCAGGGGCAGCGGCAUCUGCAGCUCAUGCGCGGGCGAGGGCUUUGUGCCCAAAGCUGCCAGCGCGGGGCCGCCCUCCCGUGGACUCGCCUCCAACCCCCCCUCCGCCCAACGCUCCUCCGCCAGGCUGGCCAACAAGUGGCGGUACUGUGUGGCGUGCAACGGUGCUCGAGUGUGCGCCACGUGUGAGGGGCGCCGUACUGUGGACGCAUGA